AUUGAGUUGUCACUUUUGAAACAUACUUUUGAACAUGUUUUGAACUAAAUUUUUUUUGUGAUAAAUAGUCAGGUACAUAGAUAAUUUUACUCAAACCCUUAAACUCCCGGUCCCAUACUAAUGGAAGGCCAUGAUGAAAGUGUGGAAAGUUGUAAAUCCCAAAUGGUAGCCGUCGACCAGCGAUUUGACUUGUUCAGCGACGAAUCUUCAGAAAACAGUAACAGUGCCGAUAAGGCCAAUAAUGGCACACAAACGAAAUUUAUGCGACGUCGAAGCAAAGGGCAACUCAUACCAAGUGUAUUAUUCAGAAAAAGCUUAAGCAAAACCAUAAAACAAAUAAUCCCCUCAGAAAAGCCGGCCAAAAGAAAAGUAAAGUUAAUGGAUUGGAAGAGAUUCCACAAACUGAACGUUAUAUACUCAUUUAUGGAUGAAUUGGAAAAGGAUUUUCCAGCCAUAUGCACAGUUUCAGUUAUUGGCAAGUCCGUCCAAGGAAGAGAUAUUAAGAUGUUGAAGAUAUCCAACAGUGAGGCCGGCAACCCCGCAGUCUGGCUAGACGCAGCAAUUCACUCGCGGGAAUGGAUAAGCACAGCCGUCGUGACUUACCUCGCGGACUACAUCGUCAGAAACUUCCAGAAACUUUCCGAAAGCAUUACUAAUAAAGAUUGGUACAUAGUCCCUGUACUGAAUCCCGAUGGGUACGUGUACACACAUACAAGCGAUCGUAUGUGGCGAAAGAACCGAGCGAAGCAAGACGGCAAGCGUGUGGGAGUCGAUCUCAACAGGAAUUUUAGCUAUCGUUGGGGAAAUAAUGAUGAAGAAGGAUCAUCAGAUUCACCCAAUCAUGUAUUUUAUAGAGGACCUGCUCCAUUCUCGGAGCCCGAAACUUGUGCUGUCAGGGACACAAUAUUAAGCUCGCAGACGCCUUAUAAAGUCUUCCUCUCCUUCCAUAGCUACUAUGAGCUGAUCCUAUUCCCUUGGGGCUUCAAGGCGGAACCAUGUCAAGACUAUCUACAACUGCUCGAAGGUGGCGCGGUCAUGGCAAGGGCAAUUUAUGAAAGCAGUGGAAUGCUUUAUAAAGUGGGCAGUACAAAAGAUCUUACAUAUUUCGCGUGUGGAACCAGCAUAGACUGGAGUUAUGGUAUUGCGAAGAUCCCAUACUCAUACAUGAUAGAACUGCGAAGCAGGAAACACAGGUUCAAAUUGCCAAAAGACCAAAUUUUAGACACAUGCGAAGAAAUUUGGCAAGCAGUAAAAAGUUUGAUGGAAUUUGUUGAUCAGCCAAGAACCAAAAAAUUAUGAAAAAAAAAGUUUGAAGUUCAAUGGAUCUGGAGCGAUUGUUAUAUUUCUUAUACAUAUUUUACUAGUAAAUAUAUAAUGCAUAUGUGUAUAUAGGUAAAACUUAAUUAAGUAACUAAUAAAAUACUUUGAAGCGUAUUAAAAAU